AGAACCCGGGACCACAGCACGGAAACGGCCCGGGGCUGAGCUGCAGUCAGAUCCGGGGAUGGAGGGAGCCGGAGAAGAGGAGUGAGGUGGCCUGGGAGGCAUGCCCUGCUGCCCUCCUCGGAGGCUGGCAGGCUGCUGUAGCAGUGGAAGAUCAGGCCACCCAUAAAGGGAAGGGGUCAGGAGGUCGGGCCCGGGCCUUAGCAGGCUCAGACAAGGCCCAAGAAGGGAGCACCAGGCGCCCUGGAGUUCAGGGCCCAAGCCUGGCCCAGGUUGUCCAAAGGGGCCUAGACUAGACCAGGCCUCUAGUGAGGAAACUGAGUUAGAGCCAGGCCUCAGGGCACGGCCUAGCCUGUGAGCCAAGUUAGGAGUAGAGGGCCAAGAUCCUUGGGGGUCUCAGAGACUAAGGGGUUAGGGGCUUCAGGGCCUCCCAGUCCAGAGCCGGAUUGGCGAGUUGGACGCUUGUAGAUCCAAGCUUGGAUUGGGGUGGGGUCCCUGGGAGGUUGGCUAGCUACGCAAGGAUUGGGGGGAUCUAAGUGCUUAGAGAUCGAAGGCAGGUCUUGGGUAGGGGGAAUCAGACAAUUGGAAAGCCUAGCUGUUAUUUGAGGAGGGGUCUUCGCUCGCUGGCGAAGCGCAAAGCCGCAUCUCUUUGGCUUGAGGCCUUGUCAAGAGAGGCUUUUGUGAAGGGUGGGCCGGCUAGGCCAGACUAAGAAAGAAAGUGAAUAAACCAGGAAUAUAAGUGGGCGGGGGUCCCCUGAGAGGGGGGUCACAAAGGGUGAGACAUGGCCACCAGGCGUUUAACGGACGCUUUCUUGUUGUUGCGGAAUAAUUCCAUCCAAAACCGGCAGCUGUUAGCCGAGCAAGUGAGUAGUCACACCACCUCCAGCCCUCUGCAUUCACGUAGCAUUGCUGCGGAGCUGGAUGAGCUUGCUGACGACCGUAUGGCUCUGGUGUCAGGCAUAAGCUUAGAUCCAGAAGCAGCAAUUGGCGUGACAAAACGGUCACCUCCUAAAUGGGUGGAUGGAGUGGAUGAAAUACACUACGAUGUUGGCCGGAUCAAACAGAAGAUGAAGGAGUUAGCCAGCCUUCACGACCAGCAUUUAAACAGACCCACCCUGGACGACAGCAGUGAGCAAGAGCAUGCCAUCGAGAUCACCACCCAAGAGGUCACCCAGCUCUUCCACAGGUGCCAGCGGGCCGUGCAGGCUCUCCCCAGCCGGGCCCGCAGGACCUGCUCCACGCAGGAGGAGCGGCUCCUUGGCAACGUGGUGGCCUCCCUGGCACAGUCCCUGCAGGAGCUCUCCACUGGCUUCCGGCACGCACAGUCAGGCUACCUCAAACGCAUGAAGAAUCGAGAGGAAAGAUCCCAGCAUUUUUUUGAUACAUCAGUACCACUAAUGGAUGAUGGAGACGAUAAUGCUCUUUAUGACCGGAGUUUUACAGAUGACCAGUUAGUGCUGGUGGAGCAGAAUACACUGAUGGUGGAGGAGAGGGAGCGGGAGAUUCGCCGGAUCGUACAGUCUAUUUCCGACCUCAAUGAAAUAUUUAGGGACUUAGGAGCAAUGAUUGUAGAACAGGGUACUGUCCUUGAUAGAAUUGACUAUAAUGUUGAGCAGUCCUGUAUCAAAACUGAAGACGGCCUGAAGCAGCUUCACAAGGCAGAGCAGUAUCAAAAGAAGAAUCGGAAGAUGCUUGUGAUUUUAAUAUUAUUUGUCAUCAUCAUUGUCCUCAUUGUCGUCCUCGUGGCCGUGAAGUCUCACUAAGCGGCGUCGGGUCUGUGUGCCACAUGCGUGGAUUCCCGGGGCUCAGGGCUUGCCUGCGCCCCGCAGGCUGCGGCAGAGGUGGGCCUGCAGCCCCGCGCCGGGGCAGGGUGCGUCUCCGUGGACUCCGCGUCACCCUCGUGCUCCGGCAAGGGGCAUGGGCUUCCGUAUUUCCUUCAUUGCUAAGAAUGUAAGGACCUUUGACAUUGCUGCAGAAUAGAGAUUGGGUUCUGUAUCAUCAGUUAUAAUAUAUAUUUUUUUUAGAAAGAGAAAAUGAGUUGAAUGUUUACAGGCACUCCACAAGCUGUUCAAUAUUAUAUGUGUAUAUGCUAUUUUUUUAGCAGUCAUGUCUGAGCAGCAUGUUAAAAUAAUUUUUGGAAAAAUUUUUUUUAGACCAUCUGGUUUUUAAGAAAUUUGGUACCAAAAAUUUAUGAGUAGAGGUAAAAAUACCUCUUCAUCUUUCCUAUAUAUUUUCCAGUUGAAAACAAUCUGAGAAGUCCCUUAAGAAUUUAUAAUCCAUCCCCCAUUAACUUAAUUUAGCUUUUCCAUCACUGUUAAUGAUCAGAGUAACAAAGUGUGAAAAAUAAGAAACCAUCACUGAUGUUAAUUAACACAUUUAGAUGGGCCAGUUAAAACAGCUUCAUAAGUUUAAAUUAAUUGUGAAUGGAGUAUUCCUCAACUAAAAUGUGUGCACUGCAUUUUCUAUUGUAAACCAAAGGGGUUACUAAGCAAAACCACCUAAAUUUAAAAAUUGGUGAUUUGAACUAACCUCACAUUAAGAGGACUCUUGGCAGCAUCAUGAAAGUCACCAGCGUUGGCCAGUGUGUCCUGUGACCGUCCCCAGCCAUCCUUGCUCGAUCCAUUACUUAUAUGCUAACUACAUAAUAACCUGUUCAGACCAGACACCAUUUAAUGAACUGUGAAUUUACACAGAGGCCAUUCUAAAUGUGUCACCCCAUUUAGGAUUAGUGGAUCUCAAAUUAUUAACCAAACAUCGCUCCAUUUCAGAGUAAAAUAUUCCAUCACUGGUUUGAUUUAUUGGCUCUUCCAUUGCCACUUAACAUGCCCAGAAAGUAGGCAUAUUCCUGCAGCUGGUGAGCAUCUUGGCCGGGAAAUCCCUGGUUCGUGUCCACCGGAGUCGGACUUUGCUGUUUACUUACCUAUGUUGUCAAUAUGGUGCUCGAAUAUAUUCCAGGAACUGUAGAAUAAUGUGGAAAGUGAUGAUAACUUUGAAAACUGAACUUUAUCUUGUUUUAAUUGUUCUUGAGACACCAGUAUGGUUUUAAUGGUCUGUAUAGUUUUUGGUAGCUUUUCCAUUGUUUUUACUUCUCUUAAAAAGUUUAAGAAGAGCAUGAUCUCAUUAAAUGUGCUCCAUUUUAUUUGGACCAGUCACAUAAAAUGUCUCUCUAGAAUUGACUUUGAAGUUGUUUCCAGAAAUUUAAACUCAUGUCCAGAGAUUCAAGUUGUCUAAACAGAUCAUGGACUUAAUACCCAAACCCCUGCCUUAGCCUUCCCUUCCCUGGUUGCUCAUGCCCGCCAGGCAGCCCCUGAUUUUCUUACUGCUAAUGUGGCUGUAGAAUGAUGUAAAGGGAUUUCUGGCAUUUCAGGAAAUACGGUAUUCUCUGACAAUUAUUUAUUACAAAGACCUAUUAUUCAAAGGUCAGGGCAUAAGAAUCUAGCACCUCCUUGGUCACCCCUGAAAUGUGAGGUUUCUACUGAUCUUAAUAGGAGCUAGAGGUGUCCUUUGGUCCCAGUGGCUUUUAACCCAGUGGUGGAGCCGAGAUGUUCUGUCUGACCAGGGAUUGCUUGGAGUGGGGCUCCUCGGACUGGGCGCACGGUGUGCCUCCCGGAUCACCUGCCGUGGUGAUGCUGGGCUGGUGUUAAAGCUGCUGAAACCCUGCGCCUUCCUGGCCCCUUUAGGAGGCAUCCUCUAAGCCUGCACGCUGACUGGCUGAGCCCCCCCCACCACUGUGCUUUACUGUUGAGCCUUUACUGGGGGGAAGAUCAGAAGCAUUGGGGCACGUAAAGAACACUAGUAAUGGUGUGCAGACCCUCCCCUCGCCUGGGAUGCACCCUGAGAAGAGGACCAGCAGGGAAGGCUCCUCGGGCACCCCUGCCCCCUGUAAUGUGGCCUGCGGUGGCUCCGCCCAACAGGCGGGAGAGGAGAAAAGUAAAUGUUUACUAUCAGGGCUCCAAAGCUCCUGAUCUUUCCCAGUUAAAACUGAAAUCUGCUGUCUUUUGUUGUUGAGGGCUGGGGGUGCUGGCUCGCCAUGGGCGUGAAGCAUGUAUGUCUAAUUGAACGGAUCUACCGCUUUCUCUGCUAAUUGAGAGAGCAUUAUUUAUUUGUUCUGACACUAGUGUUUUCAGUGGUUUAUCCUAGCUAAUGGCUUCUUAAAGGUAAUAAAACCCUUCCAACCUAAUUGGUCAGAUAAGACUUUUUUCUUGUGUGCUUAAAUAAAGCAAUUAGCGAAACGCUUCUAUCCAAUGUGACUUUUUUGGUCCUUUUUUGAAACGAAUUUACUGUUACUGGAACCUUUUUGUACAAUAAAGCAGUCAUGCUGAUUCCAGAA